AUGGUUAGAACAUUUAUCGUACCAAUCAAUUCCUUAAAAGAUGAGUAUAAAGAUAAAUCAAAGUACUCGCCAAGAGUGGUAAAAGAAGAAUCUGUCGAUGAUUUAUUAAGUGUAAAAAUAAAGGUGAAACUUGAACCAGCAGAACCGGUCCAAAAUUUUGAGGAAGAAGGAAUUGUUUUGUUUGAAUUUCAGGGAGACUUUGAUAAUUAUGGUCAUGAAAAUCCAAUAAAUGGUUUAGAAAUUGGUCCAAUGACGUUCAACGAAGAAAAUCAACCAAUAAUAGAUUCAGAAUAUAAUAGUUUACAACAAGAAUUAAUAAGAAGAUAUACAAAUGCUAUGAAUGAAAACAUUGAUAAGAAGAAUGUAUUAAAUACUUUUGAUGAUGUACCAGAUUUUGUUAAAACCACUGGAUCCGUCAAAGUAAAUCUUGACGAUCAUAAAAGCACAUUAACACCUUAUGAAUUAACACUUUCAACAUUAAUGUCAGCUAAUCUUCAUUUAGGACAUUCAAGCACUCUAUGGAAUCCAAUAAAUUCAUCAUUUAUUUAUGGAAUAAGACAUGGUAUAAACAUCAUAAAUCUAGACUAUACACUAAUUUAUUUACGUAGAGCAUGUAAAAUUGUUAAGGAAGUUAGUUAUCGUGGUGGUAUAAUUAUUUUUAUGGGAACACGUGGCGAUGAAUUUUCAAAAGCGACAAUCAAAGCAGCAAGAUUUUGUCAACAAUAUCAAAUCUCUAAACGUUGGAUACCUGGCACCCUGACAAAUACUCAACAAAUUUUAGGAAAAUUGAUUCAUAAAAAACCUGGGGAUUUCAUAUCAAAGGUUUUUAAACCUGAUUUGAUAAUUUUCUUGAAUCCGUUGGAAAAUUCUAUAGCAUUGGAAGAGACAAAAGUAUGUAAUAUCCCAACAAUUGGGGUUGUGGAUACUGAUUUUGAUCCUAGAAAAGUUACUUGGCCUAUACCAGCUAAUGAUGAUUCUGUUACUGGUAUAGAAUUGAUUUCUGGUGUUUUAAGUUAUGCUGCUGCCGAGGGUUUACUAAAAAGACAACAGAUGCUUAAAGCGUUGAAACAGAAAAUGGAAAAAAGCAAAUUAAAACCUAAUUUAAGAGCCAAUUUAUUAACAAAUGUAUUAUAA